AAGUUAUCAUGUUUUACCCUGUCAUCUUAAGUCUUGCUUCCUUUAUUUUGGAGCAUUUUUAGAGGAUAGAGUGAUUGAUAUUUCAAGGUUAAUAAGGUUAUGGAUAUCAGAAUCAUUUAUAAAAAAUAGUGAAGGCAGGAGCUUGGAGGAUAUAGCAGAAGGUUACUUGAAGAAUCUUAUUGGAAGAAAUCUAGUAAUGGUUACCCAGAGGGGCGAUUCAGAUGGUAAGGUCAAAGCAUGUCGCCUUCAUGAUGUAUUACUCGAUUUCUGCAAGAAAAGAGCAGCUGAGGAGAAUUUUCUACUAUGGAUAAAUAGGGAUCAGAGUACCAAAGUUGUUUACUCUCACAAGCAGCAUACUCACUUGGCCUUCACUGAAAUGGAUAAUCUUGUUGAAUGGAGUGCAUCUUGUUCACUUGUUGGCUCUGUACUUUUUAGGAAUCCUGAUUCAUACUCUGCCCAUCAUCUCUUAUACUAUCCUGGUUUUUCAGUUUCACUCAUUUUAUUAAAUUUUAAGUUUCUAAAAGUAUUGGAUUUGGAGCACCAGGUUGUUAUUGAUUUUAUUCCAACUGAGCUCUUUUACUUGAGGUAUUUAUCUGCGCACAUUCAACAAAAUUCAAUUACAAAAAUGCUGACUUGGAAGAAAUUGUUGAUACAUUGUUAAGUUAUAGGCGUGAUUUUGGGGGAGUUAAGUGUGGUGUGGGGAGAGUUAGAGAGAUGUAUACACAGGUUAAUAAAGAGAGACGGAAAAAGGAAAUUUUUGUAAUUAAUUUAAAUGGUAGGGAAUU